AACUGCAAUACCGACUUUAGUCGAAUAAUGAUUAAAAUCCAAUGGAUAUUUUGUGCCAAAUUAAAAAAUUACGUCGUAAUUUUUUAUAAAUAAAUUGAUAAAACAGUUCUCCAUAAAAUCAUGAAUGAAAUAAAAAAUAGUUCAGCUCAAUAUGUUAUUUAAUAAGAAAUUGAGGUAACAGCGCCAACUUGUCAUCAUUGAAAGUAUCGACAAAUCGAAACUUCCAAUCGGAGCGUCUUUCAUAAUAAUCGAAAUGGCGACUAUUUUCAAUCGAAUUGAAAUCUGUUCGUUGAGGGCGCUGUCAAACUUAUUUGGGAAUGAAUUGGUAGUGAUUUUUUUUUGUGUAUGUUGCGCUCACACGAUCAUCAACCUGCGAUAAACUAUAUCUGGCGAUAUUGGAUGAAUUUAUUGAAAGAUGUGUCAAACGAAUAAAUAUUCAGUGGUUAUUGAGUAAAAAUAAAAUUGAAAAGAGACUAAAAUCUAAAUUGAAUUUGAGAUCACAAGUUGAAAAUCAUUUGUUUGUACAUCAUUGUCGAUCUGCCUAUUUGUAUUUUGUGUAAACUUGAUUUCGUUCACAUACACCACGAAACGAGCGAUCAAUAGGAUCGGAAUUUGUGAAACAAAAGCCCAAUCGGAAAAUGACUGAAAUGAACUGAGAUUGCAGUGAAACCGUGCGAAAUUUGAUUUAUUGUCAUUUUCAACAAAACAAUUGGCUGUUUGGAUUAUUGAAUUGAUCGAAAAAAAGGUGAAAUUAUCGAAAACAAGCACAAACGGCGUGCAUGUGUAUGUGUGAACUGUCACCAUUUACGGGUUCAACAGCUAAAAUUGAUGGGUUGAUGCCGACUGUGACAGCAAAAUGACUGAAGAUGAUGUUUGGACAACACGCUGUAAUCAGUAUUUGGUGAUUUGUGUAUGGGAUAGAAUUCAUACUAAUUGCUGAUGUUCCGUCACUUUCGUACCGUGGAAAAUAUAUAAAAAUCUGACGAAUAAAUUGUCGAAUCUCAGCUUCACCGAAUUGGUUUCGAAAACGUGCCGAACAAAAUGUCAUCCAAUGUAACAAAUGAGCAACCGAUGUCGAAAAGACAAAAAAUCGAUGCAGCUGAAAAUAAGAAAGGCACCUUUUGUGCUAUAUCCAGUGGCACCGAUAUGAUCAGUGACAGUAAUACGCCGCCAGAUAUCUUGCCAAUGACAAAACAUGAACACAAACGUACUACGAAUGGAAGUCCAAACUGUAGCGAUUCAAGCAAAUCGAUAUCUACAACGCCAGUGAGAGGGUCACCGCCGGAAUCGCCCAGCGAUGAAUUAGAUAAUGCGGCCAUAUGCAACGCAAUUAAAUCUAUUGAGCAAAAAAUCGAUUUGUCGACUGAAAAUGGUAGUCAUUGUAUUACCGAAUUUCCAGACCUGUUAAAAACGUCGCCCGAUGUUGCCUCCACGUCACGGUCACACGAGAUGCUUGCCUCAACAGCGGCGCCUGAUUGCAGCAGGAGGAACAGUUCCACCAACACACAUGAGACUUCAUCUAGAUUAGGCAGUAGAGAUAGUAAUAGUUUUAGUCGUUUGAAUAACGUAGAUGAAUUCCAGUUAUUUUUAAUGAAACAGUGCCUUUGCGACAUUGACGAGCAAUCGUUGCGUCGCCCGUUCGCAACACUUUACUAUCGCGAUAUGAACGGCCGAAAAUACAAUGUACCGCUGAAGGAAUGGCCAAAUCAUCAACUCAUCCAAUUUCUAUCGAAUAUGGAGCUUCUGUUUGAAGUGUAUCUGAAUCAAAAUGCAAAAGGCGACAUUUGUACGCGAGUGAUGCAAGUUUGCGAUGCACUGCUGCUGAAAGAAGAGAUUAUCCACGCCAUUUUUGAACUUGACGAGUAUAAUAAUAAAUUCGUUCAGUAUCUGGCGAUCAAAGUUUUGGCUAACUGCUUGUUGAUCGUCAAAGAUAAGGAGAUCUACUGUGAGGAACUUCUAACGACUCUAAUGAGCAAUUUGGUUACUCAUCAUGAGCCAACUGAUCACAGAGCACUUGGAAAAGUGUCCUUUACUUUGGGCAUAAUACUCCAUAUCAUGGAAUGGAAGGAUAUCAAAAAGCAUCCACUCGAUGGUCAAAUCAUAAUCAAUGGUCGUGAAGUAUACAACGACAGUGACAAUGAAUCUUAUUCACUUCCCGCCAACACACCACAAAUUCAAGACAAUUACUUUGCCGUGCUCCAUGGUGACGAUGAAACCGAAACACCACUUGCACCCACACCUCCGGCCGAAUCACUGCAUAUGGUGGGCGAUCACCAAAACAGAGAGCACGACCGUCAAUCCAACACAUCACAAGGAUCAAAUGAUCCACGAAACUUUUCUUGCCACAUGCAACAUCUCUCAGAUUCGGAAAGCUUUGAUUCAAACCAACUUAAGGUGUCCAUUCUCGUUCGGCUGAAGCCUAAAUGGACUCUUCUUGUUCAAAACAUGGCCAAAUGCGUUACACUGUUGCAGUCAAAUCGCAACCUGAACUAUAUCGAAAAUACGAUAACCACCUUUUUAACGUUAUGGGAACGAAUCAUAAGCGUUGACACAUGCAUCGAGUAUGAUCAAACGCUUCCAUUCCACAAAUAUCUAACGAAGUUCACAGAUAUUUUGAUAGAUGGCAAGUUGCCCAUACAAAUCUACAAACAAAUGUUGACAUUAUUCAGUGCAUCACUGUGUUACACAACAACAUUGGCUUUGCAACCAGAGGUGCCAGCCGAAACAAACGACUUGGCCACUCAACUGUUUAGUAGUGUGAGAGAGAGUAGAAGGAAUAUCUUUAUGUCGUUACCAACACAUGAAAUCGAACCGCAAAACAAUAUCAGCUUCAUUGGCUACAAACAUUCGACUAUCGUCUACGAAAUAUCAUCUGAUCUGCUGAGCGCGCAGAAUGCACAGAAUGACGAAAGAUCUGAUGACGAUAGCGACGAAGAUUCCGAUAUUGAGUUAGAGUUGAACGAGCAUUUUAAUAAAUCGAUAGAUUCUACGCUUCUACAGAAGUUAGUUCUGUUGGUAUUGAAGGCGAUUGCGGUGACCGUUCGGCCAAUCGGAGGUGGUGACUCAUCGGACAGCUCAAUGGAUAGUGUCAGUAGCAAUAACAGCAGCGUUGAAACCGCUGAACACGACUGGUCGUUUAUUGAGCAUGCAACGCGAGACGCGAUUGAAAAAUUACAAAUUUUUCUACGAAACAAAUUGAAUUUCCACCCCGAAACACAUUUGAGCAAAGUUAUUGUACACCUGUUCAGUAAUCAAGAUGAUUAUUUGCUUGAGGCGAUGCUCUGUAUGUUGGGCACAACCAUCGCCUUUCUGCCACGCCAGUUACCAUUUGGCAAUGCGGCCAACCGACAAGCAAACAGCGCCGGCAAUGAUCGGCCACAAUUCCGAAUGCUCAUCGAAAUGAUCAGUCCAGUGUACACAUUUCUUGAAUUUCUAGAAAUUAUCGAAUACGGAAUGGAAACGAUGCUCGACCUAUUACUCACCGAUGAGACCUGUUUUCUUCUCUAUUUUCUGCGCUUCCUGAAAUAUAUUCGCAGCGAUUGGACAAUGUUCCAGAGCCAGUGCAACAGAUGGCAGAGCUCGUCCAAUGCAAUGCGAACCAACAGCCAUUCCGAUCAGCAACCAUACAAACGAGUAAUGGACGUUCUGAUUUCGCUGCGCUUGAAAUUGGACCGUUUAGUAUUCCAGAGAAUAUUCCCUUACGAAAUUGCACCACUGCUUUUGUUGAUGCGUCAAUGCGAAAGUCUUUACGAAGGAAACUACGGACUAUUCUAAUUAUAUAUUUGAAAUCAAAAUCAACAAAUUAUUUAGUAAAACCAGAAAUGAACCAAGAUUUUGUCUAUUCUGCUCCUGAAUGUAUAUUUAUAUUUGAUUUUAAAUGAAUCUUUAAACGUAGAACCGCAAAUUCAAGUAAAACAAUCAAAACCGGAACUAAACCGAAAAAAAACCGUCUGCGACUAGGGACUAAAUCGAAAUGAGAUUUUCAAUCGUUAUAGCAAAAUAAAAUGUUAGACACAUUUUCACCGCACGUACUUAAUUGACGAUAGUGUAUGUUUACAAUUUUUAAUAAAACGAGAUUUUUUCAAUAAUUUAUGGUAAA